AUUGAAGUUAAAAUUGUUGUAAAUUAUAAAAUUAAUAAUAAAGCGAAUGCAAGUGCUAAAAGCGGAUACGGAAGUAAGCCGAAAUAAGUGAUAAGAAAAUGGGCUUGCUGACAAGUGAAAAGCAACGCAACCGCUUUAUAGCUUUACUUAUAAAGCACAAUCUAAAGUUAUGCAUUGUUUCAUACACUGCUGGACUAUUGUGGUUCUUAGCUUUGGCCUAUCAACCCUUAAAUGCUGGAACUUACUUUUCUGAAAAUGCCUUACUGCCAGGUUUGGUGGAGUCAGAUCUACCAUCUCUUCUGCAGUCAGCUGUAGUGUAUAAAAGUGAAGUGGAGGCUGAGUUAAAGAAGGAUACAAAAGUAUCACCACACAAGUGGAUUUAUAAAAAGUUCCAGGACAUGGGAUUGGAGACUUUCUCACAGAACUUCUCUGUUGUUUAUCCCUUCAAGUCCAUCUCCACAACAGUUGUGAAGGGUGAAAAUAUAUUUUCUAUUCUUCGAGCUCGAAGGUCAGCCAGUACUGAGGCUAUUGUUCUUUCUGUCCCACUUCGGCCCUUGGGCAGCAAAGAGAAGACAGGGACGGGAGGAGGAAUAGCUUUAGCACUUGCUUUAGCCACAGAAUUUAAAAAAAAACCAUACUGGAGCAAGGACAUCAUCUUCUUGUUCUCUGACUUUGAUGAAAUUGGUGCUAUGGCUUGGUUAGAUGGAUAUCACCAGACUAAGUCUCGCUAUAUCUUGUCUGACAGUCUUGAGGGCAGGAGUGGUCCAAUCAUUGCUGCUAUUAACCUUGAACUUCCUCUGGAGAACAUCAAUUAUUUCAACAUCAAGCUGGAGGGAUUCAAUGGUCAGCUGCCUAACCUUGACCUUGUCAACCUGGUGGUCAGGCUUUGCAGGAGGGAGCGCUCACAGGUGGCACUACAUAAAUCUCUGGAAGACAAAGGCCACAUUCACACUGAGUUUGGGGAUUCUUUUGAUGAUUAUAAGAAAGCACUGUCCACUAUGCUAAAAAUGAUGUGGUACCAGGCAAGUGGCGCCCCCUCUGGAAACCAUGGUCUGUUCCAGAAGUUUCACAUUGAAGCUGUCACUCUAGAAGGGGUUGUUGCUAGAGGUUAUAGGUCAACUGAUCUCAGCACUACUGCCAAAAUCAUCGAGGGAAUAUUCAGGAGCUUAAACAAUCUGCUGGAGAGGUUCCAUCAGUCUUUCUUCUUUUAUCUCCUCCCAUCUACCAGUAGAUAUGUGUCUAUUGGAAUGUACAUGCCACCAUUUGGGUUGAUGGCUUUGGCUGGCCUGAUCAAAGGUAUAGCCCUGUGGGUGGGAUCUGACAGCGAUGAUUCUAAGACAAGAGAGGAGGAGGAAGCCUCACAAACAGAUGAUAAACAGAAGGGUGACACACAAACAGAUAAACAGAAGGGUGACACACAAACAGAUGACAAACAGAAGGCUGAAGAACUAAAGAAAGGAGAAAACAAAAGUAGAGGCGACGAACCAGAUCCUGCCAUAGAAAAAAAAUCAAAAUCUAAAAAGAAAGAACUGAAAUCUGGCCAGAAAGAGGAGACAAAUAAUGAUCAAACUAAAACAGAAAAAGGGAAAAGAGGAUCAGGGGAUGCUGCCAUUAUGGAAGAUGAGAAACCCAAGUCCAGUAAAGGAGUGACUACAAUCGUCCCUGUGAUUUUGAUCUCUUUGCUGCUCAGCUGGAUGGCCCACCAAGGGCCAGAACUGCUCACCCACAUUAUGCCUAAAUUCCGCAUCCAAACUGAGGACGUGUUUGCUUACAGUUUGGUUGCCAUUUUCACUGCAGCACUUGUUUACCCUAAGCUUAUGAAAAGAAAAUCAUCUGAGCUGGACAUCUUGUCACUUGAUUGGCAACUGCUGAAAUCUGUGGCACUCAUUGCCCAAACUUUGGCUCUGGCCGCUAUUGCAGUUCUCAACAUUUCACAAGCUUUUUUCCUCACAGCCUUUAUGGUGCCAGUGACAACUCUUGUCAGGCCAUCUUCAUACAGAUUUGUUCGCUGGCUCCAAAUGAUUGCUUUAGUCCUAGUGUCACCACUUUGUCUUAUGUUUAUUGUGGGCGUCAUCUCUGCCAUGCCUAGAAAUUCUGUACUGGAACUUUUGACUCAAGGAUUUGCAAACAGCAAAAGCCUCAUUUUUCUUGGAAUAAUGGACUCCUAUCUUUUUAAUGCUUGGACAGAAACUAUCAUCACUGCUGUUAUUUUUCCAAUUUGGCUUCUUUUUUGGGCAAUUCCGUGGAUAGAUGCUAAGAAAUCAGAGGUUUAAAAUUGUUUAUAUGCCUGUAUGGAUAAAUAUUGCCAAGUAAAAUUCUUAUUUAUAUUUGUUUUGUUAGAUCUUUGAAAGACAGUGGUAGGGAUGUAAAUUAACUGAGAAAAUGUAUUGAAGGUGUAAUACUUUUAACAGUAUGCUGUUUGGAUUUAUAAAUAGUGUAACAGUAUUUUUACUUGUUUUGAGGUAUUUGUUCAGUGUUUAAGAAUUAAAUUUUUUUUAAAAUUUCUUUUUACUUGUGUUUUUAUAAAACCAUGUUAGUGGAGAUAUCACCAAACUUAUGAUACAUCUCUUCUAACAUUUUAAGAUUUUUGUUGGAAAUACAUACAACUGUAAUCAAAUUUCUUUAAAAUUCCAUUUUAUCAACAUUGCUAAAGAAAACGUAGGCUGAUUAAUAUCUGAAUUAACACCAUACUUCUAUGUCUUGGCUUUAUUGUGCAGGGGUGAAUUCUGUGAAUCACGAAUUGUGCAUUUCAUUAGAUUAACACAAGCAUGGUUUGUGAAGAUCUCUCUAUCAAAUAUUAAAGGUGACCAUUGUCACCAAGUACCACUGUUAACUAUUUACGGUCAAAUGAUGCCUGAUGAGACUCCUGCACAUUUGAACCGGAUGACUGAACUAAUAUGGAGUGGCUUAAGCCUGAAUACAUUCCUGUUUAUCCACCGUGAAAAGCUGUACAUAUAGCCAAAUAAUCAAAUGAAACCUGUCUUACUUGCACGUCCUAAUAGAUUUGAGAAUAUCUGGAUUAGUUAUUAAAAUUAUAACUAACGACCAUUUGUUUUAGUAGCCCUAGUGUUUACAUGGUGUGC